AUGCGCGCCAAUCCAAUGAUCACGAACCGGCUCCUGUUGGGACUGGUGUGCCUAGUGUGUUCUGCAAGCGAAGUUCUGGCCAAGGACUGGGUGGCGACUGAUAUCUGCUACACCGACGACCUCGGGAACAAUCUUUGCUAUGAUCCUGUGUCGUUGACGCCUUUCGAAUACAUUCAUUAUGACAGCGUCGGUAAUGAGACUGUCGUAAACUACGACGUGUCGCCUUCGCAGAUGGGAAUCGACUACAUGAACUACGUGUACGGUACCGAUAAUGUUACGCAUGCGAGGCAUCUAUUUGGAAUAAACAAGCGCGCUUCGGACUGGCGUGACUGUACCACUUAUAGAGGCAAUCUUCGAUGGGCGGCUUGUGAAGUCUCUCAUGGAAUAGGACCUCACGUUGGCGAUUUGGCUGUUACUACGCUGGCUGUCGUGAAGUUGUAA